AGCCACUCUCCUGCAACCAAGAUAGAUGCGGCAGUCUGUGCGGUGAGCACGGAGAUCGGAAUAGGAAAACAAGGACAAGAAGACAAGCGAGACAGAAGAUAUCUGGAAAAACCGGAAGGCAGAAGACAGGGAGAGGAAAAGAAACCCACAGCAGGUGGAAACAAGAUCCUGAGCAAACCGGUUGGGUCCACAGUUGUUUUUCUGCAAGAGAAGAAAAGUAGCGGAGGAUUGCCUUUUUACCCUUCAGUGAAUGAAAAGUACUUUUAUCCUCAUAAAAGAAAAGGCUAAAGGGACGUGAAAAUCUGUUUUCUUAGAGGAAGAGCUAGGGGAAAUCCAGAUUAUCUCUUUUUGAAGUAUCUGAAAUAAGCCACUGCCUGGUACAUAUUGCAGAACCAUCCUGUUUUCUGAAGCUCUACAUCCCUUCCAGGAGAAUUCCAGCCGGAAUAGCUGGUACAGUUUUAUUUUUCUAUUUAAAUAUCUAUGUCUUUCCCUCCCCUUUAACACUUUCCUUGUUUGUAAGCACAAGUGACAAGAAAGUGUCAAUACAGAAAUAUUUUCAGCUUUCUUUUACCUUCUUGUGUAUUUUUUAAGAGGGUGGAGAGUGCUCCUUAUUUUGGAAAGGACAUUUUAAUUUGAAAGGCUCUCUCUAAACACCCGCGCACAUUUAGAAAGAGAGAUACCUUUCAGAGGUUGAAAUCCUACUGAGGAAGAUGGAAAAAGGAGCCAGGCACCGAAACAACACUGAAAAGAAUCACCCAGGUGGGAGCCAGUCGGAGACCAGCCCUGAUACUGGGUCCGGAGGAGGCGGAGUAGCCCUGAAGAAAGAAAUUGGGUUGGUCAGUGCUUGCGGUAUCAUUGUAGGGAACAUCAUCGGCUCUGGAAUCUUCGUCUCGCCGAAGGGCGUGUUGGAGAACGCUGGCUCUGUGGGCCUUGCUCUUAUCAUCUGGAUCGUGACAGGUCUCAUCACAGCUGUCGGAGCCCUGUGCUAUGCUGAGCUCGGGGUCACCAUCCCCAAAUCUGGAGGUGACUACUCCUAUGUCAAGGACAUCUUUGGAGGACUGGCUGGGUUCCUAAGGCUAUGGAUUGCUGUGCUGGUGAUCUACCCAACCAACCAGGCUGUCAUUGCCCUCACCUUCUCCAACUACGUGCUACAGCCGCUCUUCCCCACCUGCUUCCCUCCUGAGUCUGGACUCCGACUCCUGGCCGCCAUCUGCCUACUGCUCCUCACAUGGGUCAACUGUUCCAGUGUGCGGUGGGCCACUCGGGUUCAAGACAUUUUCACAGCGGGGAAGCUCCUAGCCCUGGCCCUGAUCAUCAUCAUGGGGGUCGUGCAGAUCGGCAAAGGAGAAUACUUCUGGCUGGAGCCAAAGAACGCAUUUGAGAAUUUCCAGGAGCCCAACAUCGGCCUCAUUGCACUGGCUUUCCUUCAGGGCUCCUUUGCCUAUGGAGGCUGGAACUUUCUUAAUUACGUGACUGAGGAACUUGUUGAUCCCUACAAGAACCUUCCCAGAGCCAUCUUCAUCUCCAUCCCACUCGUCACAUUUGUGUAUGUCUUUGCCAAUGUCGCUUAUGUCACUGCAAUGUCCCCCCAGGAGCUGCUGGCAUCAAACGCAGUCGCUGUGACUUUUGGAGAGAAGCUCCUUGGCGUCAUGGCCUGGAUCAUGCCUAUUUCCGUUGCCCUGUCCACAUUUGGAGGAGUCAAUGGGUCUCUUUUUACCUCCUCCCGGCUGUUCUUUGCUGGAGCCAGGGAGGGCCACCUUCCCAGCUUGCUGGCCAUGAUCCAUGUGAAGCGCUGCACCCCCAUCCCAGCCUUGCUUUUCACGUGCAUCUCCACCCUGCUGAUGCUGGUCACCAGUGACAUGUACACACUCAUCAACUACGUGGGCUUCAUCAACUACCUCUUCUAUGGGGUCACAGUUGCUGGACAGAUAGUUCUCCGCUGGAAGAAGCCUGACAUCCCCCGCCCCAUCAAGAUCAACCUGCUGUUUCCCAUCAUCUACUUGCUGUUCUGGGCCUUCCUGUUGGUCUUUAGCCUGUGGUCGGAACCCGUGGUGUGUGGCAUCGGCCUGGCCAUCAUGCUGACAGGAGUGCCUGUCUAUUUCCUGGGUGUUUACUGGCAACACAAGCCCAAGUGUUUCAAUAACUUCAUCAAGUGGCUAACCCUGGUGAGCCAGAAGAUGUGUGUGGUCGUGUACCCCGAAAUGGAUGGGAGCUCGGGGACAGAUGUGAUAAAUGAGGACAUAGAAGAGCAGCGGCAGCCCAUCAACCAACCCAUUGUCUCCAAGGCCAAGGACUCAGUGGAACAGUCCUAGCCCUGAGGACCACCAUCCCCACUCAGCUGCGUCCUCCCUCCUUCACCUCCUUUUUGCUCUCCUUCCCUGCCUGGGUCCCCCCAACACACACACACACACACACACACACACACACACACAUACACACCCUCUGCUUCUGUCAAGCAGGGGCAGGAACUGGGGGUGGGUGGUGAGAAACUAUAAACAAAAACACUAACGUUUGUACCCAAAGAACCAGAACUUCACCCCCAGGACCUGUGUCCAAAGCCCAAGGCCAGGGCUGCCAGUGCUCCGAGCUGCUAGAGGAGAGUGGAGCUGCAGGAGUCCCCAUAGGGCCCUCCCUCUUGGGCCCACACCCUUGUUGCCUCCUCAGGAGCAUGAGUUCAGUACUGCCUUCCUUCCCCAUUCCUGAGCCCAAGGGAGGCCUCAGCUCCUCCAGAAGAGGCAGCAACAAGCAAGAGUGAGCCAUUUGGGGAGGGACAGACUCAAGCAAAUCUGUCACUAUUAAAGGUCGCCUGGAGAGACUAGUGUCCCCUCCCUUCACUAGGGACCCAAGAAAUCAGAGGCAGUACUUCCUUCUUCCCUCUUCCCAACCCCUCUGCACCGUGCCUCCACCCUCCCCAGCAUGGGCUCCCUGUCCAGACUUAGAUUCCUGUCAGGACAACCCCCGACUGAGCUAAGGACCAACAAAGCAAAAUAACUGCCCCUCCCCUGACGCCCAGCCAGCCUGUGGAACAGAUUGGGAAAGGCUCAAAUUGCAGAAACCCAGCCCUGCCCCUGCCCCUGCCUCCUGCCCCCAACUGGGUGCCAAAGCUUCCUGAAACCAGAAAGAUGUCUCCUAAUGACAAAGCAGCUCAGCUCCUCCUCGCUCCCCACCCCCAUGGGAAGGAGCAGGCACCCUGUCACUCUGCAGCUAUGCUCCCAACAUACCCCCACGCAGCCAGCACUGCCUGUGCCCCCGUCAGGCCCUUUUCCUCCUCUCUGGACUUUGGCUCCAGGACCUAGGACUGGGUGUGAAGGCUCCCCAAGCUCUUCAGGCCUGAAACCCGAGCCAAAUCAGCCUUAAGUCACCUCCCAUCCAAGAACUGGACCUAAAAAUACUCCCUGAUUUCUAACCUUCAGGGCAGACUUGGUAUGAAAAGCUUUUCCAGGAGGAAGGGUGCUUUCCCAUCUCCCCGGAAGUACCCAUCCCAUAACCUCCUAGACUGGGGAGAAAGUGUAUUCUGAAGGCCAAUUUCUCGCUCCUUCCUCAACUCAGAUAACCCCACCCUCUUUUCCGGUUCCACCUCUGUCCUGUCUUUGGACAGCCUCCAGGGCUAGGUGAGAGGGGAAUAGCAGAAGGCACCCACUUUGGAGCCCCUUGGAAAGCCUGUUGUCCGUGGUAUAUGGACUCUGGCAGAGGCUGCCUUUCCUUGUGCUCCAAAGGAAGGAGGCAGUGUUUGCCCUGGGCCUCGAGCCUUCCCCACCACACCUGUUGUGCUAAGGACUAGGAUCCUUUUAUCCCAAAGCAGGAGUUCCUCCAUUC